ACACACAAAGCACAUAAUCCAGAAGCGUUUUUUCAGUAAGCUGUCAAGGACGCUUUUUUUUUUUUAAAUCAUGGGGAUAAUAGAUUUUCUCCUUCAGUCUUUCAGCUCUAUCUCCUUGUUUGGGGCUUUGGUUGUCCUGCUGCUCGUCUUUAUUGUCUCAUCCUCCAGUUUUAGCUCCCAGGAUGAAGGAAAGGAACCUCCAGGUCCAAAACCACUUCCCAUCAUCGGAAACCUGCUGCAGAUUGACCUUAAAAGACCCUACCACACAUUUCUGGAGUUUUCCAAAACAUAUGGAUCAGUGUUCACAGUGUAUUUGGGAUCCAAAAAAGUGGUGGUCCUGGCUGGAUAUAAAACAGUGAAGGAGGCCCUUGUGAACUACGCUGAAGAGUUUGGAGACAGAGAUACAAUGCAAAUAACAAAGGAAAUGAGUAACGGCCAUGGCGUUGUAUUUUCCAACGGUGAAUCAUGGAAAGAGAUGAGGCGCUUUGCCUUGACUAACCUCAGAGACUUUGGGAUGGGUAAGAGGGCUUGUGAGGACAAAAUCAUGGAGGAAUGCACCUACCUCAUUGAAGUGUUUAAUAAAUGCAAAGGAAAAGCUUUUGAUACAGCCCAACCAAUGAACUGUGCAGUCUCUAAUAUUAUCUGCUCCAUUGUUUAUGGCAGCAGAUUUGAAUAUGAUGAUCCUGAGUUUACUUCAUUGGUAGAAAGAACAAACAGGAAUAUUCAACUCCUGGGCUCCCCGUCGAUACAGGUAUAUAACAUGUUCCCAUGGAUUGGUAAGUGGGUUGCUAACAGAAAGGAACUCCACACGAUGGUUGCUGCAAACAAGGAACAGAAUCGACGGCUGUUUACACGUUUGAAAGAGACCUUCAAUCCCCAGAUGUGCAGAGGCUUUGUGGACUCAUUUCUGCUCCGAAAGCAAAAUCUGGAGGAAUCUGGGAUUACCAAGAGUCACUUCCACGAUAAUAACCUGUUGCAGACAGUUCUUAAUCUCUUUGCUGCCGGGACUGACACAACAGCAACAACCCUGAGAUGGGGACUUCUGUUUAUGGCCAAGUAUCCAAAAAUACAAGACCAGGUCCAGGAAGAGCUGAGCAGGGUGAUAGGAAGUCGAAAAGCCCAGGUUGAGGACAGGACGAGCCUGCCUUUCACUGACGCCGUCAUCCAUGAGACACAGAGACUGGCUAACAUCGUCCCGAUGGCCAUUCCUCACAAAACAAGCAAAGACGUAACUUUCCAGGGUCACUUCAUUAAGAAGGGUACCACAGUGUUUCCUCUCUUGACAUCCGUCCUGUAUGAUGAGAGUGAGUGGGAACACCCCCGCAGUUUUUAUCCUGCACACUUCUUGGACAAAGAUGGGAAGUUCCUCAAGCGAGAUGCCUUCAUGCCUUUUUCUGCAGGUCGCAGGGUUUGUCUUGGAGAGAGUCUGGCCAGGAUGGAGCUCUUCAUCUUCUUCACAAGCCUCUUGCAACACUUUCGUUUUACUCCUGCUCCAGGGGUUUCGGAGGAUGAAUUGGAUCUUACUCCACGUGUAGGCUUCACCCUCAGCCCUUCACCUCAUAAACUGUGUGCUGUUUCCUGCAUGUGAGCAGUAGGGCUUGAAAAUGCUGCUUAGUCCCACUGUCAUGACUUUAAAUCAAUUUAAUUCCAGAGCAUUUUCUAAUUGUACAACUUGAUAGUUAAUGUAGUGCAACAGCAGAUAAUAUGUACAACUUCAUACAUUUCAUCACAACAAUUUUCACUUCCUCACUAUAGACCUGUAAAUGCAGAUCUGGCAAAGUACAUGGUAUUCUCUACAUCAACUGGUGUUUCUGGCUAUCAUGUCAUUAACAUGUCAAUUGUAUUCAUGUUAAUCUUUGUCUGCAUUUCUUUGUAAAUCAUUGAGAAAUUGAUUUCACCAAAGUCAAAAACCUCAUUGAAGUGUUUAAGAAAUGAAGGGGGUGAGUACCUUGUAAAAAAAAUGCAUGAUUCGCCACAUUUUGCCAAUGUUUAAGGUGUUCAUUUAUUAUCCAAUUCCCCCUUGUUACAAGAGAAAUUUAGAAAAUAAACUACGCAGA